AUGCUUCGUGCUUCCGUUUUGCUCAUGUGCGUUUUUACCAUCACAUGCGUAAAAGCAGUCCACAGCCAGGAGGAGGAGAAGGUGCGCUUUUUGUGCACCGUGAUCCCAGUUGAUAAAGACCCUAGUUGUGGUGUUCAGAAGGAGUUUGUUCAUAGUGUUCAGGGUGAAGGUUUGAAGAAGACGGUGAUUCAGCUCCGGGAGACUGUUGUCCAACAACAAGAAGCAAUAACCCAUCAAAUGGGUGCUAUCAAAGAGCUCACAUCCAAACUGUCUCAAUGUGAGAGCAGCUCGGAGGAGUCUUCAUCGUGGAAGAACAUUAAAGACACCAUGGAUGAUGUGCCGAGAGAUCCAAAUGAAACUCUGGAUGCACUGGGUAAGACCAUGCAGAGUCUGAAGGACAGGCUUCAAAACCUGGAGCAACAGCAGUUGCGAGCCAGCCUCUCUGGAGCUCCAUUUCCCAGUGAACUGCGAGACAUGCUGCAGCAUAGGCUGGAUGAUCUAGAGAGCCAGCUCCUGAGCAAAGUCAAUGAGUUGGAGGAAGAGAAGUCACAGCUGUACAACGAGACAUCUGUUCAUCGCCAGCAAACAGAAAACACCCUUAACACUCUCAUUAAUAGAAUCUCUGACCUGGAGAGAGCAGGUACAGGAUUCAAGUCCCCUGAGGAUUUUAAACUCUCCCUACCACUGCGCACAAACUACCUUUUUGGUAGAGUGAAAAAGAGCCUGCCAGAAAUGUAUGCCUUUACAGUGUGCAUGUGGCUCAAGUCCAGUUCCAGUCCUGGCAUUGGGACCCCUUUUUCUUAUGGUGUCCCCGGGCAAGCAAACGAGAUUGUACUGAUUGAAUGGGGCAACAAUCCAAUAGAGCUACUCAUCAAUGACAAGGUGGCACAGUUACCGUUGUCUCUGAAUGAUGGAAGAUGGCACCACAUCUGCAUUACCUGGACUACCAGAGAUGGUUUAUGGGAGACUUACCAGAAUGGCCAGAAAGUGGGAUCAGGGGAGAACCUGGCUCCAUGGCACCCUAUCAAACCUGAUGGAGUCCUCAUUCUGGGUCAGGAACAGGACAUGGUCGGGGGACGUUUUGAUGCCACGCAGGCUUUCGUCGGGGAGCUGGGUCACUUCAAUAUGUGGGAUCGGGUUCUGAGAUCUGUAGAUAUCAGCGCCAUGGCCAACUGCUCCUCCUAUAUGCCUGGGAAUGUGGUGGCCUGGGCUGACAGUAACAUUGAGGUGUUUGGUGGUGCCUCUAAAGGGCCACUUGAAUUAUGUGAAGACAGAAUUAUUAACAAUUAAAAACUCAAACUGGAACCCAAAUCCUUCUCCUUGUACUUAUUGAUUUUGUGUCAUAUUUUAUUUUAAAUAAUUGUUUUGUAUUUUAUGUUACAGAAUAUGUCUGUGUGCUUUGGAAUGCUAUAUUAUUCAUACUGUGUUAUUUAUGUAGGUUCACUAAUUGUCUGUCUGGAUUUUAUGUUCAACUGUAGUUGUAAAUAUUGAUGCUUUACUAAUAGACUUCUAUUAGAUAGCCAGG